AUGAGUAACCAUCCCUCCGACUACAUAGAGACGUCGCUGUCUCCAGAAGAGUCGCUUUCACGGGCCAUUGCGCGGGAAUUGGGCUCCUUCUCGGGAAAGGGCUCGUUCGCGCUGCCGGCUUCGCAAUCAACUUGGACAUUUACCCAGGGUCUGAUCAUCGGACAGGCUUCUGUGAUUGUGUUGCUUGUUAUGUUUAUUAGAUUCUUUGUGUUCAGCGAGAGCGCCCCCACCAUGCCUGGGAACUCGAAAAAAGUCAAGGUUCCUGUUUUGAACACCCCAACAGCAGCUCAGGAAAACGAGGAGUCCACAAUAGACGCAAUUUUAGAGAAAACGUAUUACGACGUGCGAAGCCAUCAGCCAGAAUCGUUGGAUUGGUUCAACGUUCUUGUGGCGCAACUUAUUUCGCAGUUCAGAAACGAGGCUCUUAAUAACAACAAUAUACACCAGUCCCUGAACGAGAUCUUCAGCUCAAGUCUGAUCCCAGACUUUUUGGACAAAAUCGUCAUCACGGAGAUCAGCAUUGGGAACGACUUCCCGAUCUUCAGCAACUGUCGCAUCAAAAAUACAGACGGCCGUCUGGAGGGUAAAAUCGACGUGGACGUUGCAGAUACGCUCACCUUGGGAGUGGAGACCAAACUGCUGAUCAACCAGCCCAAACCGCUAGCGGCCUCUCUGCCAAUCAAGCUGUCUGUGUCGAUCGUGCGGUUCUCGGGCUGUUUAACGGUCUCACUGAUCAGCAGCGCAGACGAGUCCGACGCAACAGAUAACUCCGUCGGCCUGAUGUUUUCGUUCAGUCCCGACUUCAGGCUCGAGUUCGAGAUCGAAUCGCUGAUCGGCUCGCGCACAAAGCUCGAUAACGUCCCGCGCGUGAGUUCCAUCAUUGAAAAUACGCUGCGGAACUGGUUCAUCGAGCGCUGCAUCGAGCCCCGCUUCCAGUUCAUCAAACUUCCUAGUCUGUGGCCCCGCAAAAAGACCACCAGACAAACAACCACCGCCGAUGACGAAGAAACCUUAUAG